GAAAUAUGCUGUUUUGGUUUCUCCCAAAAGCAAAGCAAGGGAAAGAUUGAAAGAAGAAAAAUGGAAAGCGAAUCGGAAAUGGUAGCGUUUCCAUUGCUAGUGACACCCAUCGAAUCGAAUUACCGAGUGGCCACUAUUCCUUACAGAUUCCCAUCUGACAACCCGAAGAAGCCUACUCCCACAGAGCUUCAAUGGAUCGAUCUCUUCCUCAAUUCCAUCCCUUCAUUCAAGAAACGCGCUGAAAGUGACACAACUGUUCCUGAUGCUCCUGCUAGAGCUCUCAAAUUUGCUCAAAGAUACGCUGACAUCCUGGAGGAUUUCAAGAAAGAUCCGGAGGCUCACGGUGGUCCGCCCGAUUGCAUUCUUCUUUGCAGACUUCGGGAGCAAAUUCUACGAGAGCUCGGGUUUACUGACAUUUUCAAGAAAGUCAAGGAUGAGGAGAAUGCAAAGGCUAUCUCUCUUUUUGAGGAUGUUGUUUCUCUUAAUGAUGCUAUCGAAGAUGGCCCCAAACGUCUCGAGAAUCUUGUUAAAGGAAUCUUUGCUGGCAAUAUUUUUGACCUUGGUUCUGCACAGCUUGCUGAGGUUUUCUCGAGGGAUGGAAUGUCCUUUUUGGCUAGUUGUCAGAAUCUUCUCCCUCGCCCCUGGGUUAUUGACGAUCUAGACACUUUCAAAGCGAAGUGGGGCAAGAAAUCUUGGAAAAAGGCGGUCAUCUUUGUUGAUAAUUCUGGUGCUGAUAUUAUUUUGGGUAUUUUACCCUUUGCUAGGGAGCUACUUCGACAUGGAACGAAGGUUGUGUUAGCUGCUAAUGACUUGCCCUCUAUCAACGAUGUCACAUACCCGGAACUAAUUGAGAUUAUAGCAAAGCUGAAAGAUGAAAAUGGACAGCUCAUGGGGGUUGAUACUUCUAAUCUUUUGAUUGCCAAUUCUGGGAAUGAUUUGCCAGUUAUUGAUCUAGCAAGGGUAUCUCAAGAGCUAGCUUAUUUAUCUAAUGAUGCUGACCUAGUAAUAAUGGAAGGAAUGGGUCGCGGGAUAGAAACGAAUCUCUAUGCUCAGUUUAAAUGUGAUUCUCUCAAGAUUGGAAUGGUAAAACAUCUAGAGGUUGCUCAAUUUCUUGGAGGACGGCUCUACGAUUGUGUUUUCAAGUACAACGAAGUUUCAAGUUAAGGAUAUCCAUUCUUCUGUAUUACGAAAUCAUUUACGGGCAGCCAAUCAUUUAUAUACACAUAUUUUAGGUCCUUGUCACCUUAAAUAAUGAUCAUUAUAUUGAUAAAGGUUAAUAAAAAAAACAGAUUAAUUCAAUAA